CUCCUCAUCUCUACACACUGAGCUACUGCUCACCAAUACUCCAAGUGACCCUCAGCCAUGAAGACACUUGUCCUUCUCUCUGCUGUUGUCCUGCUGGCCUUCCUGGCCCAGGCUGAUCCUCUCCCAGAACCAACUGAGGAGACUAAAACUGAGGAGCAGCCAGGGGUAGAGGACCAGGAUGUGACCAUCUCCUUUGGAGGCCCAGCAGGGCUUUCUCUUCAGGAUGCAGCCUCAAGAGCUCUCUGGACGACAUGCCACUGUAGACCAAGAGCCUGCAAAUUCCUGGAACGCAUCAGUGGGAUCUGCACCCGGGGUGGCAAAAGCUAUGUGUUCUGCUGCCGCUGAGCUUAAGGCAGAGACACCAAGAUGACUGUGUACUCUGAGGCCCAAGGGAGACCUCUGAUGACCACUGCGCUUGUGUUUCUUCUUGGUCUCCAAUAAAUUGCUUGCCUAGGC